AUGAAGGAGCAUAGAACCGUCACGGUGAGCUGUGGGAAGCUGUAUGCCCCAGCUUCCGCGGUGCCGGCCGGUAACGCUGCGGUGGAUGUGAGCAAUGUCCUGGAGGGAAGUCUCGUAGCCACCACAGAGGCCCACGAGGUCUCUGGACGGGUGCGAGGCGCUGACACGGGCGAGAAGCGGUUCAAUUGCUCUCUUUGUGGGAAGGCAUUUGCAGAUUCAUCAAAUCGUAACCGUCACCAGAAAACACACACGGGCGAAAAGCCAUUCAAUUGCUCUGUUUGUGAGAAGUCAUUUUCACAGAAAUCAAAUCUUCACACUCACCAAAACAACUCGGGUGAGAAGCCAUUCGAUUGCUCUGUGUGUGGGAAGGCAUUUUCUGAAACAAAUCUUCACACUCACCAGAAAACACACUCAGGUGAGAAGCCAUUCAGUUGCUCUGUGUGUGGGAAGGCAUUUUCACAGAAAUCAACUCUUCACAGUCACCAAAAAACACACACGGGUGAGAAGCCAUUCCAUUGCGCUGUGUGUGGGAAGUCAUUUUCACAGAAAUCAAAUCUUCACACUCACCAGAAAACACACACGGGUGAGAAGCCAUUCAAUUGUUCUGUGUGUGGGAAGGCAUUUUCACAGAAAUCAACUCUUAACAAUCACCAGAAAACACACACGGACGAGAAGCUAUUCAAUUGUUCUCCGUUGGAGAGGACACGGUCAUCACCCCGAAACAAGCAUGAGAAGAUCAGCAAAAAUAGGGAAUUCCAGAAGUAUUCACUGAUUUCAGAAUGA